AUGGCAAAUAAUAACGUAAAAUUUCACGGGCUACUUCAGCGCCCUUACGAACCUAUGUUCCUUCCAAAAUCGGGAGGACAAGUGUACUUCGAUCUACCCGAUAAUUAUCUCACCGAUCGAUAUCGGCCCUUAGGCCAAACGCUGCAAAGUCGUUUCGGUUCCAAUGUACCAACACGAAUUCCGCUGCCGAAUAUUGCCGCUCCCGAUAUCAGUUUCGCGCAACCGAUUCCCCGACGCGGAGGUUUUUCGACAUUCAACGAGAUGCACCGACGUGUUGCUGGUCAAUUAAUAGAACUUUUCCUAAAUCAAAGUGAUCCGGACAACUUAUGCGCAGUGGCUGCAUACUGUAGAGAUCGUGUUAAUGGACCAAUGUUCCAAUAUGCGCUGUCAGUGGCAUUACAACAUCGACCGGAUACGGCAAAUGUUCCGAUACCGAGUUUCUUGGAAAUGUUUCCAGAUCGUUUCAUAGAUCCAGCUGUUUUUCCACAAAUGCAAGAGGAAGGCAGAGUUGUUAGUCAAGGUGACAGGAUGGCCAUUGACAUACCGAUGAACUAUACAGCUUCCGAGAGAGAAUUGGAACAAAGAAUGGCUUAUUGGCGAGAAGAUAUUGGCGUAAAUUUACAUCAUUGGCAUUGGCACUUAGUAUACCCAGCUGACGGUCCGGACAGAGUUGUGAGAAAAGAUCGUAGAGGAGAACUUUUCUACUACAUGCAUCAACAGGUCAUUGCUCGAUAUAAUACGGAGCGAUUUGCGAACGGACUACCGCGCGUACGCACAUUUGCUCAUCUUCGAGAAACUAUACCAGAAGCCUAUUUUCCGAAAAUCAUUCGAAGCUCCAAUAACCGAACCUAUCCGGGUCGAGGUCGUAAUCAAAUGUUAAGUGAUCUGAAUCGUGUGGAGGACCAAGUAAUUGUAUCAAUUAGUGACAUGGAAACUUGGACCGGAAGAAUAUUUGAAGCAAUAGAUGCUGGUUUUGCAAACGCGGCCAACGGUACACAGAUACAGCUGGAUAAUAGAGCAGGUAUUGACGUUCUUGGAAACAUGGUAGAAAACUCCACGCUUACACCUGAUGUGAAUUACUACGGAAGACUACAUAACGAAGGACAUAAUAUGCUCGGUUAUAUCCAUGAUCCAGAUAAUUCUUUCUUAGAAGGUUUCGGGGUAAUGGCAGACAAUACCACAGCUAUGCGUGAUCCAGUAUUUUACCGCUGGCAUCAACAUAUUGAUGAUAUUUUUGAACGCCAUAAACGUCGAUUUAAGCCGUACACCAAGGAUGAGUUAUCUAACUCGGAUGUGGAAAUCGAAUCGAUUAGCGCCCAAUUGAAUCGAGCUGGAACAAAAAGCAAUAUUCUUCUGACUUUCUGGCAACGGUCCCAAGUCGACCUUGGUACUGGACUGGAUUUCGGUCCAGAGGGUAAUGCAUUUGCCACGUUUACACAUAUUCAACAUGCUCCAUUCACCUUUAGAAUCAAAGUCAAAAACGAUAGUGAUUCCAACAAACGCGGCACAGUGAGAAUUUUCAUCGCUCCUGUAACUGAUGAAGCGGGUAGAAAUAUACCCUUCCGAGAACAACGUCGUUGGAUGAUUGAACUUGACAAAUUUACAGUUAAUAUGAACCCAGGAGAAAACAAUAUCGUACGCCGAUCCGAGCAAUCCAGUGUGACCAUCCCAUAUGAACGCACAUUCCGCAAUGUUGCCGCUUCAAACCAAGCGAACAAUGAACAGUUUAGAUUCUGCAAUUGUGGAUGGCCAUCGCACAUGCUUAUACCCAAGGGUAGUCCUCAAGGAACGAUGUAUGAUUUAUUUGUAAUGAUUUCCAAUUACAACGACGAUGUGGUCAAUCAGGACUUUGAUGAAAAUGCGCCAUGUAACGAUUCUCACUCAUACUGCGGCCUUCGUGAUAUGCUGUAUCCUGACGCACGCAACAUGGGCUUUCCAUUCGAUCGUAUGGUCGCGUCGACGAUAUCCAGUUUGAAAGAAUUCACUCGUCCUUACAAGAACAUGGCUACAACACCUGUCCAAAUUCGCUUCACUAACACGGUGAUCUCAAGAGUUUGAAAAACGGCUUUCUUCUCUUUUAUAAAAUGCAGUAAAUAGAACUAUCUUU